AUGCCAGAGCAAAGGCCGACAGCAUCUGAUUCCUUGGACCCGAUGGGCUUUGAGAAACGCUGCGUGACUUGUUUUGUUGAAAGGGAGAGGAGACGAGAAGGAGAAACGACAGAUUUGGGGGGGCGGUCGACAGGCAGGACGGGGGGUGGAUGGGCAAAGGCAACAAGAGAGCAGAGGUACGAAGCUGCUGGUGCUAAUGCAGGUCGCUGCACGCCGUCAGGUACCGGGUUGGGAUACGAAGAGCUGCAGCGACGGCGAGGUACCGGUGCGCGUACGUGUAGCGAUAUCCAGCAAUACUGCUGCUAA